AUGGAUUUACAGUAUGAGACCUUACUGCGGCAAUCGAUGCAGCAAGAGAGGGAUAUCGCUGAAUUAAAAGAGAUGCUUGAAACUGAACGUGCUGAAAAAUCCAAACUAUUCGAACAUAAUGAGGAUAACAAGUUGUUAAUAGGGAAAUUAGUGAAGGAGCUUGAUGUAGCUAAAAAGAAACUUACACAGGAGUUAAUGGAUAAGAAGGAAAGGAGGGAUAAGUAUGAGGCUGAGAUGGGCAGGCUGAGACAGGAGAUUGAGAGGAGGCAUAGGGAGAUACAGGAUGUGCAAGAGCAAGCGGUUGAUCCGAUGGAUAUGGAUAUACUAAGAGUAAAAAUUAAGAAAGAAUUCGAGACAAAUCACUCGAACGAAUUAGAAGAAAAACAAAUGAUAAUCAGCCAGCUCAAGACCGAGCGUGACGAAGUCCGUAGAGAACUUGAGUUCCUUAACACAAAGCAUGAGAACCUCAAAUUUGAUUCCCAAAGAAAUGCUGACUCCACGAAGUCAAAGCACAAGGAAGAGAUUCAAGGCCUGACCAAAGAGAUAGAGCACCUGCAAUCCCAGAUCGAAAUGAGCAAAGACAGGGACCUCCUUCGCCAGACCAGGAGAGAACUUGAUGAGUCUAAGAGACGUAUCGAGGAGUACCAGAAGGAGUGCAAUGAGUUCCGUAGAGAAAGAGAUGCUCUUAAAGACCAAAUCAACGAUCUUGUAAUUUCCAAUAACAGAGAAAUCGAAGAAGAAAGGUCCAGAAAGAGAGAACUUGUUGCUAAUAACGAUAAACUCAAGUUCAGGAUCAGAGCUUUAGAGGAUGAUUUCCAGAAACAAGUCAUUGAGAAUGAUAAAAAGGCCCAGUCAAUUAUCAAGUUCAAGACUGAGAAACAGUCCCUAAACUCCCUCAUCAACGAGAAAGAAAUAGUCAUUGACUCCCAAAAGAGACAGAUCGAUGAGCUCAAAGAUCAGGUCAGGGACAGAGAGAAUGAGCUGCAGUCUCAUCUCAGGAAGAGAGCUGACUUCGAACUCGUUGAAAAGAACAGACUUGAAAAACUCACCAGUGAUCUAGAGAACUUACAGAAGGAAUACAGGAUUCAAGAAGUUGAAAGAGCCAAUGAACGGGAGAAGCAUUCCGAACAGUUCAAUAGACUAGAGUACAACCAUAAGAUCAACACUGAGGAAAAUAGGAAACUUAGAGCUCAAAAUCAGGAAUUGGAGAAAGACCUCUUUACUAGAAACAAAGAAUUGGAGCAAAAGAUUGAUGAAUUCUUGUCAAUGGAAAGAGACUAUAAGAAAUACCAAGAUCAGAACAGAGGUCUGCUUAUUGAGAAACAAGACUUACAGAAGUUGUUUGAUAACUCCAGACUUGAAGCUAAACUUGAGAAGGAGAAGAACACCAAAGCUGGUAAAGCUCAAGACUUGGCGAGCCAGGCAUGGGCAAGAGAGAAGAAAGACAUGGAGAUGAGGAUAUCAAAGCUACUUAAAGUUCUUGAAAAUUACAAAUCAGAAGGCACUAAAGAGCAGCUUAUUGAAUACAAGAAGAAGACCAAUGAAUAUAAGGGCAAAGUUAGGGCAGCUAAUGAUGCCAUUACCAAGCUUGGAAGGAAGUUAGCCAUCCUUGGGGCCCAAGAAGGACUCGAAGAGGAAUAUGAAGACCAAUAUAUUCAAUAA